GCAGGCCAAGCGCAACAGUGCUAAAAAUGGGACCAGUGGGUGCCGAGUCUGAUGAGAAUCAGACAGUGGAAGAAACCAAGGUGGAGCAGUAUGGGGCAGGGCACACCACUCCGAGAGGUGAGCUGGCCCCUGACCCUGAGCCAGAGCUCAUAGACAGCACCAAGCUGGUUGAGGUACGUGUUGUCCUCAUACUGGCCUACUGCUCCAUCAUCUUGCUUGGGGUAGUUGGCAACUCUUUGGUGAUCCACGUGGUGAUCAAAUUCAAGAGCAUGCGUACAGUAACCAAUUUUUUUAUUGCCAACCUGGCCGUGGCGGAUCUUUUGGUGAACACCUUGUGCCUACCAUUCACUCUUACCUAUACCUUAAUGGGGGAGUGGAAAAUGGGUCCUGUCCUGUGUCACCUGGUGCCAUAUGCCCAGGGCCUGGCAGUUCAAGUGUCCACCAUCACCUUGACUGUAAUUGCCCUUGACAGACAUCGGUGCAUCGUUUACCACCUAGAGAGCAAGAUCUCCAAGCAAAUCAGCUUCCUGAUUAUUGGCUUGGCUUGGGGCAUCAGUGCCCUCCUGGCAAGUCCUCUGGCCAUCUUCCGGGAGUACUCACUGAUUGAAAUUAUUCCAGACUUUGAGAUUGUGGCCUGUACUGAGAAAUGGCCUGGUGAAGAGAAGAGCAUGUAUGGCACUAUCUAUAGUCUUUCCACUUUGUUGAUUCUGUAUGUUUUGCCUCUGGGCAUCAUAUCUUUUUCCUAUACUCGUAUUUGGAGUAAACUCAAGAACCAUGUCAGCCCUGGAGCUGCAAAUGACCACUACCACCAGCGAAGGCAGAAAACCACCAAGAUGCUCGUGUGUGUGGUGGUGGUGUUUGCUGUCAGCUGGCUGCCCCUCCACGCCUUCCAACUUGCUGUUGACAUCGACCACCAUGUGCUGGACCUGAAGGAGUACAAACUCAUCUUCACGGUCUUCCACAUCAUCGCCAUGUGCUCCACCUUUGCCAACCCUCUUCUCUAUGGCUGGAUGAACAGCAACUACAGGAAGGCUUUCCUCUCAGCCUUCCGCUGUGAGCAGAGGUUGGAUGCCAUUCACUCGGAGGUGUCUGUGACACUCAAAUCUAAAAAGAACCUGGAAGUCAAAAAGCACAAUGGCCCCAGUGACUCUUUAUCUGAGGCUACCAAUGUCUAAGGAAACAGGUGUGAAGACUUAGGGAU